CGUGUAGAUCUCGGUGGUCGCCGUAUCAUUAAAAAUAAUUUAGGCUUAGGAACGUUUUUAUGGGUAAAAUUACCCUUCCGACAUUUUGCUUCAAGAUACCGUUUUUCGUAUUUUUCACUCCUUACUUGUUUUGCCUCGUCGGGCUGA